GCACUAUUAGUUUUUUAUCCUUGCCAAAUAAAGCGCUCGUAAUACUCGCCUCUUUUGCGGCUCCCCUCCUCUUGCUCCCGUUCUCGUCGCGGAUGCGGAUGGAAUGAGGCUUGCGUAGGAAUCUAAUAUGAAGUAGGUUAAAGGGAUGGCGCGACAAGUCUUCAGCUCCUCCCUCUGCGCUUCGUGAAGCCUCUCACUCGGAAGGCUUGAGACUAUUGAUAUGAUGGUAAGAUUACCUCGACGGAGCUCGGGUGAGAGUAAGUAUAACUACAUUCUCUUGUUCCGGUUUGUAUCUCUCCCUCUCUCUUCCCAAGGUUUCGAACCUCACAACACUCGUUUAUUCAUCGGAGCAUCAGCCUUCACAAUCGCCUUUCAGUCAUGUCACUGGUCCGCCGCCUUCUGCUAGGGGCCACCUAUUUGGCAUUAACUGGCUCAAGUAGUGCAACCGUGCUGUCCCAGAACCAAGCAUGUAUCCCUAACCCAACCGUCAUAACGGUGGAAAUCAUUCAAGUCUCCGUUGUCUGCCCUGUCCUCCUUUCUGCCUUCAUUUCGGAGAGCACUAAGAUUACUCUCGCUCCUGGAUGUACCAUCGUUGUUAGCGAUGCCCCAACUUCACUGAGCACCUUGGUCACGAUAACAACCCUUUCAGAAAGCACCAUUACACAUUCGUCUUCGUCCCCAGCAAAUACUGUUUCACACUCAUCCUCGCAUCGCUCUUCUUCCUCUACUGGGUAUCCAAUAAUACCAUCACCAUCCCCAACAACAAGUGGAGUUCAACAUCAAUACAAUACCACCUCCAGUCAUCCCGAAAUAUCACCACCAUACCCAACAACAAGUGAGGAUCAUCACCACCAUUAUAGCAAGUCUACUCGUUAUGUGACCACCACCACCUUCCUCCCACCUAAUGGUACGGCUUUCACUUCCACGAAGCCAGGGAAUUGGAGAAGACCAGGAACUGUUGUCGUGGGCUAUGUGGAAAGCUUGGUCACCGAGACCAUCUCUGGUUCAGUUGCAACACCUUAUACCGUACCUCCUUCUGGAACAGUUCCAGGCACUGUGGUCGUGGAGAGUCAGCCCUGGCAAACAGCAACAACAUAUCUUGACAAUGGAGAAUCCGCAUAUACAUCGACUGCUGGCUUCAAUGUCACUGUCGGUAUUUCUGUUGACACGGUGACCACUACUACCUUCCUCAACCCUACUGCUACGGGCUUCACUACCACCAUCCCAGCCAUGGGGCCAACAUCUGGGACCGUCCUCGUCGGCUAUGUCCAGAGCGUGGUGACGGAGACCAUCACCGGCGCUACGGCCGCCACCACGACCAUCGCUCCAUCCGGAACCGUCACGGGCACAGUUAUCAUCACCAUCCCCACGCCUGACGUCAGUUGCAAUAACCAGGGAAUCCAAUGGGCAGUCUUCGACAGCUUCUUGCCAAAUGAUGGCAUAGGCUUUUCUGCCUUUAACCCUACCGUCUUCAAGACAAAGACGCCUCUGUACAAUAGCGUCACUAGUAGCAUUGGCGGUUUUGAUAUUGGUGGCAACUCUGCCUUCUCGAUAUACGGCAGCACACAGAGGUUCGGUCCCAGCUACUUCGCGCUCAACCAUCGCGGCUACCUCUUUGCUCCAUCUACGGGAGUGUACACCUUCCUAGUCACCAAUCCCGACGAUAUUGCCAUCAUCUGGGGGGGCGCAGAUGCCUACGAAGGCUACACAAGGGCCAAUUCUAACUCGAUAGCGACAUACCCCUUAACAGAUGAUCAACAACGGUCGUUUGAGGUUGAGCUGGUUGCGGGCGAAUACUACCCAAUACGGGUCAUCUUUGGUCAAGGAGUGGGUCCUGCUAUAUUCUACACCUCAGUAACUGCGCCUGAUGGGACUGUCCUCUUGAAUUCGGACAGCGGUUACUCGCCUUACCUUGUACAAUUCUCCUGUGACGGGAUUGCAGCACCCGCCUACCCUGCUUGGGGACACGAGUCUUAGCUUCAUUCGCAUUGCAAUAUAUUUGGUCAAGUAUAGAGAAAGGGUCUUUAGACCUAACGAUCAAGUGAGGGGGAGUUUGGGAAGAGAUCGAAGAAGGAGGGAAGGCAGCAUUUUAUAGAUGUUCCGGUUCAGUCACAUAUAUAUAAUGCAUUAUUAGAUUUAAUAAAAGUGUUG